AUGGGCUGUUUAGUGUCAAAGCCCGCAGAGGCGGAUAAAGAAGCGCUUCAGCGCAACCAGCGCAUUGAACGGGGCAUAAAAAAUGACAAGAAGACACUGGAUCGCACGAUCAAAAUCUUGUUGCUGGGCGCCGGAGAGUCUGGCAAGUCCACGAUUAUCAAGCAGAUGCGAAUUAUCCACAGCCGCGGUUUUCCCGAGGAAGAGCGUCACCAAACUCGAGCAAUCAUCUAUUCAAACAUCGUCAUUGCUUUCAAGGUCCUGUUGGAUAUUAUGAACGCCGAGGAUAUUGACUUCGAGGACGAGACAAACACAAGGCCACUCGCGGAUUUAAUAGACAAGACAGAACCCGAUGUAGGGUCCGAUGAAGCUUUCUCGGAUCUAAAAGUGCGCGAUGCGAUGCGGUCAAUGUGGCAAGAUGGAGGUGUUCAGAAGGCUGUCGCCCGGGGGCAUGAGUUUGCUCUCCAUGACAAUCUGUAUUAUUUCUUCGAGUCCUUGGAUCGUAUAUUCGCACCAGGCUGGCUCCCCGAUAAUCAAGACAUGCUGCAGGCUCGAUUGCGCACCACGGGUAUCACAGAAACCCUCUUUGAGCUUGGCCAGAUGAACUUCCGAAUGAUGGAUGUUGGAGGCCAGCGAUCAGAGCGGAAGAAGUGGAUCCAUUGCUUUGAAGGCGUGCAAUGUCUACUAUUCAUGGUUGCUUUAUCUGGAUAUGACCAAUGUCUGGUUGAAGAUCAAAACGCCAAUCAAAUGCAUGAAGCUAUGAUGCUAUUCGAAUCCCUGGUCAACGGGGAGUGGUUCAAGCGCAAACCAAUCAUCCUCUUCCUAAACAAAAUUGAUCUGUUCAAAGGCAAACUCGCCAUCUCUCCCAUUUCAAAUCACUUCCCCGACUAUGCCGGCUCGGACACAGACUACGACGCCGCCGCAAACUACUUUGCAGACCGAUUCCGAGGCAUCAACCGCAUCCCAGACCGGGAAAUCUACAUUCACUACACUAACGCCACCGAUACAACGCUGCUACGAGCCACCAUGGACUCAGUACAGGACAUGAUCAUCCAAAAGAACCUGCAUAGCUUAAUACUAUAA